AUGUAUUGCCGUAUUUGCUCUGAUAGAAGCAUACCCAAACCAUCAACUUUGAGCUCAAUUGUCUGGAUUCCUGUACAAGAUAUCAAAAAUCUGUCAAUUGAUGAAAUAUUGGAUCAUCGUGGAUAUGAAGACAAAACCGUGGUGGUUAUUGGAAUCGGAAACUCUGGAGGUGACGUCGCUGUAGAACUUUCCAGAAUCGCCAAGCAAGUUUAUCUGGUCACACGACGCGGAACAUGGGUUUUCAAUCGAAUCUUUGACUAUGGAAAACCAAUUGACAUGGUUAUGAACAGAAAAUGGAUUUCUGACAUCCGCGCUCGCGUCCCAGAAUGGUUAUCCAAUAGUGUUGUUGAAAUGAAACUGAACAUGAGAUUCGAUCAUCAAGCGUACGGCUUGAAACCAGCUCACAGAGUUUUCGGAGCUCAUCCAACAGUCAAUGAUGAGUUGCCGAAUAGAAUCGCAUGUGGAACGGUUCGAAUCAAGCCAAAUAUUGCAAAUUUCACAGAACAUGGAGUUGUAUUUGAGGAUGGCUCAAAGUUGGACCAAGUCGAUGAGGUCGUAAUGUCCACCGGAUUCUCGUUUGAAUUCAAUCUCGUGGAAGAAGGAAAACUCAUUCAAGUCCAGGAUAAUCAUGUAUCCCUCUACCAGUACAUGUUCCCAACUGAUCUAGCUGAUCAGAACACUCUUGCUGUGAUUGGUCUUGUCCAACCAUUCGGAUCCAUCAUGCCACUUUCCGAGAUGCAAGCAAGAGUCUACCUAGAGCAGUUUACAGGAAAUAAUGUGAUCCCUAGUAAAAGAGAGAUGAUGGAGAAUGUCCAUGAUAAGCUGUCGAAAAUGGCUAGCAGAUAUGUGACAAGUAAAAGACACACUAUCCAAGUCGACUAUGUGGAUUAUAUUGAGGAAUUGGCAAAGAUGAUUGGAGCGCAAUUGGAUAUGAAGAAGCUGUGGAAGGAGGAUCCAUGGCUGGCUUAUAAGGUUUACUUUGGUCCACGUGUUCCAUACAUCUAUCGUUUGAAUGGUCCUCACAAAUGGAAGGAGGCCAGAGAUGCAAUUAUGUCUGUUGAUGAGCGAGUUCUUAUGGCUACCAACGACCAUGCUCAAGUUGCUCCAGAUUAUACUGUUUUGUACUUUGCAGACUGGUACGGAAAAAGGAGAAAGACAACAACGAUGAAAAACGGAUUGAAUAACUCCAGAGAAAGAUUAAUGAAUCACGGAGAGAAAAAUCGAGAAUGUAGCCGCGGAUUCAUCAACGGAAAACUGGAGCAGAAAUUCAUCCAAGAGACUUGCGAUGAAGGAAUGUUAUACUGUAUCGAAUCGUAUACCGGUGACUUUGAUGAGGUCACAGCUAGUUGUCAGCAUUUGGGUACCAACAUGAGACUUCUCGACUUGUGUCAAAGUAAGAAUCCGAAAAAGAUCAACGAGGAUUUGACGACCAGAUGCUGCAAGACUGACCUGUGCAACAACAUCGGAGUUGAGAAAAAGAAACUGAAGAAGAUCGAAAAUUAA